ACUCUCACAAACCCAUCUCCACAGAAAUCCACCGCCGCCAUAGAUGGGUAAGGUAAAAGCUAAGGGAAAGCAUCGUUUAGACAAGUUCUACCACUUAGCCAAGGAGCAUGGCUACAGAUCGCGUGCUGCGUGGAAGCUCGUUCAGCUCGAGUCCAAAUUCACCUUCCUCCGAUCGGCUCACUCCGUGCUCGAUCUCUGCGCCGCGCCGGGAGGAUGGAUGCAGGUCUGCGUCGAGCGCGUGCCGGUGGGGAGCCUCGUCGUCGGCGUCGACCUCGACCCAAUCCGGCCGAUUCGCGGCGCCGUGUCCCUCCAGGAGGAUAUUACGACCCCCAAGUGCCGCGCCGCCGUUAAGAGGCUGAUGGCGGAGAACGGAUGCAGGGCGUUCGAUUUGGUGCUGCAUGAUGGUUCGCCGAACGUUGGCGGCGCGUGGGCGAAGGAGGCGACGAGUCAGAAUGCGUUGGUUAUUGAUUCGGUGAAGCUCGCGACUGAGUUAUUAGCUCCGAAAGGAACUUUCAUUACCAAGGUUUUCAGGUCGCAGGAUUACACCGCGGUUCUGUAUUGUCUUAGACAGUUAUUUGAAAAGGUUGAAGUAGACAAACCAGUAGCUAGUAGAUCGACAUCAGCUGAGAUUUAUCUCGUAGGUCUUAAGUACAAGGCCCCCGCAAAGAUAGAUCCUCGUCUUCUUGAUGUAAAGCAUCUAUUUCAAGGAGGAAAGGAUACUCCAAAGAUUCUGGAUGUACUAAGAGGAACAAAGCAAAAACGACAUCGUGAUGGGUACGAGGAUGGAGACACAACUUUGAGAAAGUUGAGUUCAGCGUCAGAGUUUAUUUGGUCUGAUGCCCCUCUAGACAUUCUCGGUUCAGUUACUGCUAUAACCUUCAGUGAGCCCACAUGUUUGCCCAUAAAGGAUCAUACUUUGACAACCGACGAGGUUAAAGCCCUCUGUGGUGAUCUACGCGUUAUUGGAAAGCAAGACUUUAAGCAUCUUCUAAAGUGGCGUAUACUUAUUAGGAAGGCACUUUCUCCUGCGGAGAAAGUUACUCCAGCUGCCACUACAGAUGAACCUGUGACCAAAGAAGACGAAGAGGAGAAAUUGCUUAAUGAAAUGGAAGAGCUAACAAAUGCCAUGGAGCGGAAGAAGAAAAGAGCGAAGAGAAUUACAGCAAAAAGACGUGCAAAGGAAAAGGGUCGGAAAGCAUUAGGCAAGCAGGUGGAUGCAACAGAGGAUGGUUACUUUGAUUUGGACCUGUUUUCUCUAGCUUCAAUUAAGGGGAAGAAAGAUCUUAAGGUUGUCGACAGUAAUGAAUAUGAAGAUGAUAUCGGUGAAGUCAGGAACAGUGAAAGCGAAGAAAGCAACAAUGAAAACACAGACAGUGAUUUGGAUUCUGAGGAAGAAAAGAAACGAUACGAUAACCGAAUAGAAGAAUUACUUGAUGAAGCGUAUGAACGCUAUGCUGCUAAAAAAGAAGGAAGUACAAUGCAGAGGAAGCGCGCCAAACAAGCCUACUCAAAGGAUGAUCAGUUAAUGGAGGAAGAUGAUCAUAGCACUGUUAAUCCUUACCAAGGCUCGGACGAUGAGAAGGCGGACGAAGAAGCAAAUCCCCUCAUGAUACCACUUUCUGAAAACACCCCUACCCAAGACGAAAUCGCCGCCCAAUGGUUCAGUCAAGACGUCUUCAUGGAUGCCACCGACGAAAACGAAAAAGACGAAAACAGCGACGACGAAAUGCCGACGAAAUUACCCAACAAGAAGAAGGUUCCGGAACCCUCCCCCAAAGAAGAACAACCCUUCACCAAGAACAAGAAAACGACCAAAUCGGCCUCGGACGACUUCGAAAUAGUCCCCGCACCAGCCACGGACAGCGACUCCUCAUCGUCCGACGAAUCCGACGCAGAAGACAUAGGGACAAAAGCGGAAAUUCUAGCAUGCGCUAAAAAGAUGCUGAACAAGAAACAAAGGGAGCAAAUGCUGGACGAUGCAUACAACAAGCACAUGUUCCACGACGAGGGUUUGCCUGAUUGGUUUGUGGACGAGGAAUCAAAGCACAACCAGCCAAUCAAGCCCAUCACAAAGGAAGAAGUGGCGGCAAUGCGGGCCCAGUUUAAGGAAAUCGAUGCUCGGCCGGCUAAGAAGGUGGCUCAGGCGAAGGCAAGGAAGAAAAGGGCGGCAGGUAGGAAGCUGGAGAAGGUGAGGAAGAAGGCGAACACCAUUUCCGACCAGGCAGAUAUAUCUGACCGGUCAAAGAUGAAGAUGAUUGACCAGCUAUAUAAGAAGGCGGUGAGUGUAAAGAAACCGGAGAGGGAGUAUGUGGUGGCGAAGAAGGGUGUGCAGGUGAAGGCGGGUAAAGGGAAGGUGCUUGUUGACCCGAGGAUGAAGAAGGAUUCGAGGAAGGCCGGGAUGGGGAGGAAAGGGAAGGGCGGUAAGGCCAAGGGGAAAGGGAAAGGGGCGGCAAAGGGUGGUGGUGGCGGCGGUUCGGGAAAGAGUAAGGGGAAUAAACCGACGAAAGGGAGGAAGUAAUUGAGGAAAAUUUUGUUUUUGUUUUUUUAUACAGGAUCAUUAAACUUUAAUUGCACUGGAUAAUUUGCGUAAGCUACAAUUUUGAUGUCGAUUUGUUGUGAGCAAGGGAUAUUGUAUUUUUAUUUGGGAUGGAUGGAAUUGGUAAAUUAUGUGUGCGAUUUUUAGAUUAAACCAA